AUGACCAUACUAUCCCAAGUAAAUAGGUUAUGUAUAUCUCCUGAUAAAAGAUAUCUUGCGGCAGCAGGAAAUCAACAUAUUCGUUUGUAUGAUAUUGUUAGCACAAACCCAAAUCCGGUUGCUACAUUUGAAGGCCACACGGGGAAUGUGACAGCUGUUGGAUUUCAUUGUGAGGGGAAAUGGAUGGUUUCAGGGACCACAUCAGUUCAACGUAAUUACGAUCAUAAAGCUCCUGUGAACGAUGUAGCUAUUCAUCCAAAUCAAGGUGAAUUAUUUUCUUGUGAUCAAAAAGGAAGCAUCAGGGUCUGGGAUUUGGGCGAAAAUAGUUGUACUCAUCAAUUAGAACCUGAAGAAGAUGUCCCUCUACGUUCUGUUACUGUUGCAAUAGAUGGUUCUAUGUUUGUUGCAGCCAAUAACAAAGGCAAUUGUUAUGUAUGGAAAAUGUCAAAUCCUAGAGAUUCUACAAAUCUACAACCGGUCACUAAAUUCUCUGCUCACAAAAAAUAUAUAACUCGAUGUUUGUUAAGUCCUGAUGUUAAACAUUUGGCAACUUGUUCUGCAGAUACAACUGUUAAAAUAUGGUCAACUGUAAAUCAUGAUUUUAAAUUGGAUAAGGAAUUAAAAGGUCAUCAAAGAUGGGUUUGGGAUUCAUCAUCUGAUCAUGUAGCUCGUCUAUGGGAAUUACAAAAGGGAGAAACAAUAAGACAAUAUAAUGGACAUCAUAAAGCUGCAGUUUGUGUUGCUCUUAAUGAUUUAUCUAUCGGAAGUUAA